AUGGCAACCGUUGAAAGUCCAACUUCGAGGAAGCAUCCAGAACAUGAUCGUCUCAUAAGUCUACCAUCCGGCGGUUCUGCUCAAGCUCUGAUUCCCUUGACACAAUUGUACAACCCACCAUCCCCGCACAAAGUCCACCCAAGAGCAGAUUGGGUCAUCGAGCAAGUUCGGCAAUGGCUGUAUCCGCAUCUCGAGCAACUCGGCGCCGAGAAACUCAUCAAGGGCAUCGUCAACGAGACGGCGUCCAUGUGCGCCUAUCUCUACCCGAACGCUGACGACGAAGGAAUCUUUCUUGCCACGGGUUUCAUGACCGUUCAAUUUGUCAACGACGACGUCUUCGACAGCGCUGCCAUUCUUAAAGCGAUUCAGGCGACUCCGACGGGACAACGUCUGGCCAGGGACCUCCAGAAGCUACGCGACACUCCACGGCGGCUGGCAGACGGUAUCAUAUGCGCUGCGCGUAUAAUGCAGGAUCCCCUCGCUUAUAAACAGUGCCGCGGGAUGAUGUCGGACUUGGAGACAGAUCCGUUUCUUUUGGGAGCUAUCCACGAGCUUUCCAUGCGCAUGCAUAUCCGCGGUCGUCGGAUUAGCGAGAAGCGCUUCGAGAUAUGGCUGGGCAAGUUCUGCGCAGCCAUGAAGGACUUUGGCAAGUCUCAUACUCUGAUCUACAACGAGGCCAAGAACAUGACCGUUGAAGAAUACGCGGAUCACAAAUUACGGAACUCGGGGAUGAUUUACACGGUUCUCUUCGUGGAGCUAGCUAUGGGUACUUUUCUCUCCGAUGAACAUAACGCUGUUCCGCGGAUCCGUCAGAUGCAGCAGCAUUGCGAGAAAAUUGGCUCAUUACUCAAUGAGAUCUUCUCAUUUGAGAAAGAGACAUUUUCCGAGGAUACGAAUAAUCUGCUGGCCGUGCUGAUGCAUACGGAGAAGAUUAGUCUAUACGAGGCAGCGCGACGAGUCGCUGCGAUGUCGCAAAGACACGCCCAAGAGGUGAAGCGCAUUCAGAUUGAGAUCGAAGCCAGUUAUAAAGAUAACAACGAAGAAGAGACUGGUCUUAGAUCAUACGUGGCGGACAUGGACUUGUUUGGUGCAGCGUGUUGGUUCUGGCAACUUCAGGGCACGAAGCGAUACUUCUCCAAGACGUCGCCAUUCGUUGAACUGCGAUUGGCAGACGUGAAUUCGAAGGCAGAAGGUGAAGAAGCCCAUUGA